AUGUUGAGCGUACAGGGAGCAAUAAGCAACAGCUCCAUUAUGAUGGAGUGCACCGCUUCCCAGGACAGUUACAAAAGGGAGGUAUUCCUCCUUAGUGAACUGGAGCGUGUGUGGGACGCAGUGUCCACCUGCAUUCGUCACUACGUUACUGAAGGUCGUAAUGUUCGCGUCUGCAAUUUUGGCUCUUUCUGGUUUGAGACGCGACCGGUAGCCAGUGACGGAAGGGAACGGUACCACGCCCGUCGCAUUCGUUUUGGCAUAGACGGCAAGUUUGCCCUCCGAUACAACAUAGACUCGAUUAGGGUGCCUCAGGAGCCGAGUAAACUGGAGUAUGUGAAGGUUAAUAUGGCGGAUGUAGUGGCCAUUGCGAGGGUCCCGGCGCAAACUGCAGCGAUGGCGCUCCGAGAAUUCUUUUCAUAUGUGGGAGAAGGCAUCUUUAAAAAGCAGGUGUUCAAAAUAAACUUCCCAGGGGUUGCUACCCUCGUCAUUAAACGCGAGAAGGCCGUGCUGAUAGUUGAGGAAGGCUUACGGCGCGAUAUAUUUGCCGUCGAUUCGCGUAAGUGGCCGGUUGCAGUGCGUGAGGCCGCGGCAGGCGUUGUGCUGGACGAGCAGCGGCGCCCAGUCACUCGCUCCUCCAUCAGUCGACCCUCAACUGGCUGCAGCAUCAGUAGCAGAAUGAGUAAUGCCCCCAAACCUAUAGAACCGCGCCCUGCCUUUAUGCCGGCCGCACCGCGUAACCGGCUCUUCGCGGAAAUCGAAAAAGAUCCGCCGCGCAGGCUUCCGCUACAGCACGCGCUGCAGAAUAAAGGCGACGAAAACUGCUCACCAUCACCUCUUUAUAAUGAAAAUGUGGGGUACGUAAAGGAGUCUAUUUUUGACGCGUUAGACCCUUGGGAAAUGGAAACCCCUUCAAUGGAGCCGGAGAUUGAAUUGGUGGAAGAGGUACCGGAGCAACUGCCAUCCCUGCGAGCUUACGAGGAGGAGGCCCCGCACCCCGUCGUGUGUGGGCGACAUUCGUACCAUGACCAUAGUUCCGUUCGUGACUUGCUGUACGGCAGCGUGACGCCAAGAACAGAUCCAAUGUUAUGUGGAAGAAGGCGUUACAUCAACCGUGAUGCUGACCAAGUGGCCACACUUUUGAAAGACCUAUAG